UGUUCGUGCGCUGACAGCCGGGCUCAGCCAGUCGCCAGGAAUUGAGUAGCGUUCUUUGAAUCUGCGGCUUUCAUGACGUCUCCCUGCGUGGUCCAUCACUUUUCUCCUAGCCGGGGAUUUUUUUUUUCCGCCACUCUCGCCUUUUCCCCCUGCCCUCCACCCGGUCUCCCUCCCCCGCCCCUGCCCGAACGCACACCCCUCCGCCCCUCCGUUGGCCCCCGCGCCCAGCCCUCCUCUCCACUCUCGGCCAGAGGGAGCCAGUUUGAAGACGGCCGCACCUGGCCGGAGAGGUUGGGCGGGCGGAGGGGUGGGAUCCGCGGGACCCGGGAAGAUAGAUCCAGACCUGGAUGCACCGCGAGGAGAAUGGAGUCUCCUAAAGCCUCCCGGGGCUGAUGUAAAAUUUGACCAUCUGAUUCCAGUUUUCCUUCCCUUUUCUUUUUUUAUUUCCUCCCCUCGCCAUCCAUCGUGUAGUGAAUUAUUAAACCUUGCUCCGUUCCAAGAGGGGAGAUCAUGAUUGAAUGAAGCCACCAAGUCCGCAGCAAGGAAAAGCACAAAGAGGAGAUUUCAACGAUGGCCAAGUUGACAGAAUCCAUGACUAACGUCCUGGAGGGUGACUCCAUGGACCAGGAUGUCGAGAGCCCUGUGGCCAUUCACCAGCCAAAGUUGCCUAAGCAGGCCAGGGACGACCUGCCAAGACACAUCAGCCGAGACCGGACCAAAAGGAAAAUCCAGAGGUAUGUGCGGAAAGAUGGAAAGUGCAACGUCCACCAUGGCAACGUGAGGGAGACCUAUCGCUACCUGACCGAUAUCUUCACCACCUUAGUAGACCUCAAGUGGAGAUUCAACCUGUUGAUUUUCGUCAUGGUUUACACAGUGACAUGGCUCUUUUUUGGAAUGAUCUGGUGGCUAAUUGCAUACAUCCGAGGAGACAUGGACCACAUAGAGGACCCUUCAUGGACUCCUUGCGUCACCAACCUCAAUGGGUUCGUCUCUGCUUUUUUAUUCUCCAUAGAGACAGAAACCACCAUUGGUUAUGGCUAUCGGGUCAUCACGGACAAGUGCCCAGAGGGAAUUAUUCUCCUCUUAAUCCAAUCUGUUUUGGGGUCCAUUGUCAAUGCAUUCAUGGUGGGAUGCAUGUUUGUAAAAAUAUCUCAACCCAAGAAGAGGGCAGAGACCCUGGUUUUUUCCACCCAUGCGGUGAUUUCCAUGAGGGAUGGGAAACUGUGCCUGAUGUUUCGCGUAGGGGAUCUGAGGAAUUCCCACAUCGUGGAGGCUUCCAUCAGAGCUAAGUUGAUCAAAUCCAAACAGACCUCAGAGGGGGAGUUCAUCCCCUUGAACCAGACGGAUAUCAACGUAGGGUAUUACACUGGCGAUGACCGUCUCUUUCUGGUGUCACCACUCAUCAUUAGCCAUGAAAUUAACCAACAGAGUCCUUUCUGGGAGAUCUCCAAAGCCCAGCUGCCCAAAGAGGAACUGGAAAUCGUAGUCAUCCUAGAAGGCAUGGUGGAAGCUACAGGGAUGACAUGCCAAGCUCGAAGCUCCUACAUCACUAGUGAGAUCCUCUGGGGGUACCGGUUCACCCCUGUUCUGACGCUGGAGGACGGGUUCUACGAAGUCGACUACAACAGCUUCCACGAGACCUACGAGACCAGCACCCCAUCUCUCAGUGCCAAAGAGCUGGCCGAGUUAGCCAGCAGGGCUGAGCUGCCCCUGAGCUGGUCCGUCUCCAGCAAACUCAACCAACACGCAGAACUGGAGACUGAGGAGGAAGAAAAGAACCCUGAGGAGCAGACGGAGAGGAAUGGUGAUGUGGCGAAUCUAGAGAACGAAUCCAAAGUUUAGUCCCCUGGCUGGGCCACCCCUUCUCCUCUCCGCCCACAACCUUCCCUUGUCUCUCAUUCUCUUUCUUUUCUGUCUCUCUUACUUUGUUCUUUCCUUAUAUUGAAGUUUGGCAUUACCAGAAAACAAAUCUUCAAGGUGUAAAAUAUCUACCUGCCCUCUCAGUUAUUCAGAUCGACAAGGCAGAUUCAGAUUGGGUUAAGGUGUCAUGUGCCCUCAUUUGUGACCCAAGCCUGGUCUCCUCCCUGAAUACGACACAUCCAAGUCCUAGAGAUUUCUGCUACUUACCUGCAUGUGUUGUACAAUACCAGAUCACUCAAAAGAGUGCAUCAAAGAGUCUACCUGGGAUAUGAUGAGGAAGGUCUCUGGUGCCUAUUCAUUCAUGCAGUGAGACAUAGAGUUGAGCCCUCAGUUUUAUACAUCUCAAUAAAUUUCAUCUACAGGGCGAGGUGCUUGCCCUCUGCGGGCAUUGCAUUUAUAGGACCCAGGUGAGGUAAUGACAAAAUACUGUACAUAUAUAUGCCUUAUGUAAUUAUUUUCUUUUGCAGUUAGUAAUAAAACCCAGCAUGUACAAAAGUACUGUAGAACAAAACUUCUAAAUAAUGUACAUAGAUGUAAAAUUAAUGUAGGUUUAGAUAUAUAACUUUAGAAAUAAGAUUAAAAGAAAAAAAAAGGAUUCCCAAAGUACAGUAGGCAUUUCUGUUCUGAUGUCCUGUUUUCUGGAUUUCUUUGGUCCCAUUGACCGCUGGCCCUUUAGUGCAUGGCCUUUGCUCUGUGUCCCAGACUGGCAGCCGUUUGGGUACCUCACUGUUCCCUUUAAUUGAAUCUAAUAAGCCAUAGGUCUGGGAGAAGUUUGGAGGUUCAGUAGAUGGCAAAACACACCACCAGUAUGCUGAUAUACUGUGAAAUGUUUACAAAACUGAGGUCUCUUUUUUAAGUAACAAGACCUCACUGACUAGCCUGGGGCAGAAUUUCAGGAGGAGGACAUGCUCUGGCAUGUCACCAAUGAUGUGUGUUUUUUGGUUUUGUUUUGUUUUUGUUUUCUGCCAUACCUCGUAGCUUAUAGGAUCUUAGUUCCCUGACCAGGGAUCAAACCUAAGGCCCCAGCAGUGAGAGUGCCAACUCCUAACCACUGGACCACUAGGGAAUUCCCACCAAUGACGGGAAUUAUGUGUUUAUGCUUUUCAAGUUAGCUCUCACCCUCUGUAGUACCACAGUUUGAGAAACUUUUUUUCUACAAAACCAUUGACUCUCCAACUAUUUUCACUCUAUAAUCACAGUUAAAAAAUGAGACAUGUUAAAUUAGUAAAAGGUGGUUUGGGUCUAAAGUCAUGAAAUUCAUAAUGGCAUGUAAUGGGCGAAGUAUAUUGUAGUCACUGAUCUCACACACCUUGACUCCAUCUGGCACUCUUCCUAUACCUGGGGGGCUUAUCCAUCAGCAUUCCUUGCAUUGGUAUUUAUUAUUAUUAUUAUUAUUAGUUUAUUAUUAUGAAAUUUCCAGAGUUCAAUAUUUAAAGAUUAGAUCAACAAUCUUGGUGACUGUCUAAGAAAUAUUUCUAGAGUAUGCCACAGGUUAGAAAUCAAAUCCAAAGUGUCUCCCAAUCAAAGAAAACAAAAAACUACAGCCUUAAUUCAUUUUAAUCUGCAAAGAUAAAAAGAAGGAAAGAAGAAAGAAAGGAAGGAAGGAAGGAAGGAGAGGAGAGGAGGAGGGAAGGAAGGAAUAGUAUUUUGUACUGAAAAUCUAAUUUUCAAAAUGAAAAAAUUUUCAAAUGAAAAAAUAAGAAAAGGAAGAGAAUCUUAGACAAAACCUCAAGGGCAGGUGGAGAUUUUGCACUGAAACAGAUCUUUCACAUUAAGUUGGCAUUUAUAAACUGUUUGUUCCCUAACAUAAUCAUCCAUCAUAAAUAUUCAUUGACUGGAUCCAAGUUCAUUUUCAACUUCUACAGCUGCGCUCAGUUUGAGGCUUUGCACCAUGGAGGUCAAAGAGCUCAAACUAGCUGUCCCUCCCUGCUGCCCUUGCCUUCCCUGACCAGAUAUCACAGGCCUUCACACUGUAGUUUGGGGACCUUGUCUACUAAAAAGCAUGUCCCAGAGAUAAGGAAAGUAACUCCUCAAUUUGACAUGGGGGUUGGGUCUCUCUUCUCCCACUUCUGACACCUUGUAUCAAGACAACUGCUUCUUGGUACUGACGGUAUGGAAAACAAAACUGUUGGCCAUAACUCUUUCCUUUUGCCAACAUUUCACUUUUCGCAUUGAAUAUUUGUUGAAUCAUUUAUUCAUUCCACAUACUCCAAAGAGGAGGUUGUAGUUGAGGAGGAGGAGGGAGCCCCAUACACUUCUUGCCAGGCUGUGGGGAGGUACUGUGGCCUUACCUCAGUGUAGCCUUAGGAAGGGCCCUCUUGCCUUGGGGGCGCUAUCCCUGCAGCAUCACCAGAGUUGCAGGGCCAGGCAUGGUAGCACAAAGCAAGAUCAGCUGGGGUUGCAAAAAGUCUGCUAAUUUAGCUCCUAAAGACUCAAUGGGCCUUUCUAAGUCCAUUACUAAGGCUUAAAGGACAACAUAGACCCUGUUGUCUGGUUGGAAGAGCAGUUGGGGGCCCUUGAGCACAACUGAAUGAAGAGCCUUGACAACCCUUUGGUCAGACACACACGUCAGUUCUGUAUCUGUGACAGGGCACCCAGGUAUGAGGUCUUUCCCUAUUUCUCACUGUCUUUGGUGUCAAUGUGGUUGGAGAUGGAACAUGAACCAAAUCUCAUUUUUGUAAUGUGAGCCUCUGAAUCUUUAAAUGAGGAUGCUCCAGAAGAACCUUUUAUUAGAAUGUCCUUAUCAAACAUGUCUAUUUUUCUACAAUUAUUGAUAACACAGUUUAACAGUGUAUUUUGUGUCAACUGUUAAAAUUUGGAACUGAAAAAAGCUCAUUAAGACUGAAUUUUCUAAGUAGCAAGUAUUGAAUGGUGUUUUUCAUUAACAGUUCAGCAAAGAUGACCCUACAAUUUCUAUCCAUUCUCUUCCACCAUAUCCAGGCUCCAAUCACUCAGUCACUUUGUUAGCAAAUCCAGAGCUAUGGAAAUAAAUAAGCCUAUUUUAAUGCACCAAUACUCAUAAUGAAUGAGGAUCACACUCAACUUGAUAUUUUGGUCUGUUUGAUGAUGUAUUUGAGUCCCUUUCCCAUAAAAGCAUGGCAGUAUCCAUUAGCCAGAUAAGAACUUUGGGCUAAAGGGUUACAGUUUGCCACAAUUGACUCCAGUUUGGAGGAAAGGGCAGACUCAGCUGGGAGCAUGACCUCCCCAAGGGCUGACAAGACCCUCAGAUUGUCAUUUCCACCCACCUCAACAUGCUUUCCAACUGGAAGAGCACCUAUUUAUUUAUGUCAGCUUUAUGUAACUGAUAAAAUUGUUUAUGUCCUUGGAUGUCCCAUGGGCAAAUUAUACUCUUUUGGAUUAACACCUUUGCAAUCACUGUAAUGUCAGGUCAUUACUUUUCCAUCCCUUCGAAAUAUGGCCUUUUAGCCUGGUUGGUCCAAUACAUAGACACUCUAUGUCCAGGAGAAGAAAACCUCUCUUUCCCCACUCCCUUCCUCCAUCUGUCCCUCUCUUUUUCUCUUUCCCUAGUUCUCCAGUUCCAGUUCCAUUGAUUUAGUUCAAUAUCUUAUGUUCCCUAACAGAAAUCCAGCUACUGUUUCUAAAAAGGUCAAUCUAUUUCUUAAGCACAAUUUUCUCUUGCUGGUUUAACCAAACUAGGGCUCUGAAAUGUCUGUUUUUCAUUAUACUCUAAUUUAAAAAUUAUUUAUGACUUCAUUUAAAAGCCUAAGUUUUGAAGUCUCCAAGCAACAUUCUUAUGUUUUCCCUUCCUACAUUUUCUUACGUUUCAGGUUUCUUACUUUUUCCCCUUUGCUUUUUUAUUUAGAUUGAAGCCAGUAUCUUUGGGAUGUUCAGAAACUGUUUAUAAAUAUGGGAGCUGGUGGACAGAGAAAGAGACUCUAAAAAUUCCAUUAGAAAACUACUUUAACUCAGCAAAAUAAUGUGAAAUCAUUUGCUUAGCUAAGUGAUACAAGAUUUAAAAUUAUAUAUAUAUAUAUAUAUAUGUAUAUAUAUAUAUAUAUAUUCAUAGUCAUUUCCAAAACAGCUUGCCAAGGGUCUGACUACUUUACAGUCUCUCUUUCCUUGACUUGGGUGGUACUCUAUGUGAUUCAGAAGAGUCAUAAGGGUAGUCGAAGAUUAAAUGUCCUACAUAGAUGGUAAACAUUAUCUUCUAUGGUUUCAUUUCAAUGGAUGGCUAUAAAGUCAAAAAACAUAGGCAACAUAUACAUAAUAGAUGAUUCAUUGAUAUUGCAUUACAAUAUAAUCAACUAAUAAGACCUUGUUUCUAGACUCUAUGGCCACCCCGCAUUUAAGAAAAUGUUAUCCUUUAAUUUAAAAUUGAGUAAAGCAUACCUCUUCCUAAUAUUUCUGCCCUCAACGUCUUGGAGAGCUUUUGAUGUAGAAUGUCAUCUAGCAGUCCAAGCUCUGUCAGGCUACUAUUUGAUUUUGACAAAGCACAGUAUGUACAAUAAUAACCAAACAAUAUUACACCCUACGUUGUGUGGUGUUUUGGAGCAUUCAGAGUACUUGCACAAGUUUUCUCAUUUAAUUCUAAUCCACCAUCAGAGCUUGAGUAUUAUAAUUUACGUUUUAUAGACAGAAAACUAGGGUUUGGGCAAACUGAGUAACUUCCCCAAGGCUACAAGGCAAGUCAAUCACAGAUCCUGGUCUCAAAUCCAGGUGCUGAGGCUAAAACCAUGGGCUCUUUUUACUACAAAAAGGGUCAGCAAACCAAAUCUGCGCACAGAAUCUGGCCCACUGCCUGUUUUUGCACCACUUGUGAGCUAAGACUGAUUUUACAUUUUUAAAUGGCUGGGAAAAAGAAAAAAAAAAAAAGAAACAAGAGAA